CCUCCGAGGGGAUGCUGCCGGUUGUGUGAAACGAGUCUGAAUACCUUUUGUGAAGAUGGUGAAUGUUUUGAAAGGAAUACUUAUAGAAUGUGACCCAGCCAUGAAGCAGUUUCUGCUGUACUUGGAUGAAUCAAAUGCCCUGGGGAAGAAGUUCAUCAUACAAGACUUGGAUGAAACACAUGUCUUUGUGUUAGCUGAGAUGGUUUACUUCCUGCAGGAGAAAGUGGGAGAGUUAAUGGACCAAAACUCUUUUCCCAUUACACAAAAAUAGAAAACGGGACUGGAAUUGUCUGUGUCUAACUACAAUCAAUAAAUGUGGAACUGAAACUUUAUGUGUAGAUAUUCCUGGUAAUAGAUUUGGUGGGGAUUCAAUAGCAAAAGUCACUAUAGCAAAUAAACUAUUUAAUUAGAUUGUA